AUGAAAUAGAAUGUUUAAAUUUAAAGAUUUUAAAAAAAUAAGGAAGUAAUAGUAAUAAAUGAUGAUGAUGAUGAUGAACCUAAAAUGUAGAUUUUGUUAUAAGUAUAAUUUAAGUUUUAAGAAAAUAAAAAAUGAUGAAGAUGAUUGUGUAAUGAAUGUAGAUAUAAUUCCAUGGAUGAGUAAGAAAACUAUGAUGAUAAGACAUCCAGUAUUGAGAUUACAUAAUGAAAUGAUGGAGUUUUUUGAUUACAUAUCUCCAUCUGAUUCAGAACAUAAAAGAAGAAUUACAGCUUAUAUGAGAGUAGAGAAAUAUUUAUAAGAUUUGGCUCCAGAAGCUUAGAUUGAAUCAUUUGAUACUUUUAAAACUAGAAUGUAUUUACCAAAUGCAGAUAUUGAUAUCGUUAUGAUAGAAACAUCAUGCACAUAAAAAUAAUUAUAUAAAAAGGUUGCAGCUUAAAUGAUUAAAUAAACUAAUAAAUUUGAAAAUGUUAAUCUUAUUGCAAAUGCUAAAGUUCCUAUUAUUAAGUUUAUUGAUGUUGAAUCUUAAUAUCACUUUGAUUUAUCAUUCAAUUAAUUAGAUGCAUUAAAAUAAAUUGAAGAAUUAGAAAAAGCUUUUGAAAUUUAUCCAGAAUUAAAAAUUCUAUUAAUGACCUUAAAAUGUAUGUUAAGAUAAAGAGAUUUAAAUGAAACAUAUAGUGGAGGUGUUGGAUCAUUCUUAUUAUUUUAAAUGAUAUUAACUUUUCUAAGAGAAUAUCGUAAAGAUUUCUUUCAAAAUAAUUAACAAGAUCAAAUAAAAAAUGUGACUUUAGGAGAAUACAUGAUCAAAUUUCUUGAAUUCUAUAGUGAUGUCUAAAGAAAGAGAAUUGCUGGUUAAGGUGGGAAUAUUGAUAAUAAAUCUACCUAAGAUGAUAGAUUUUCAUUUAUUAGUCCUCAACAUCCUGAUCAUGAUAUUGGUCAUAAUAGUUAUAAAAUAUAGGAAUUAUUUAAGAUAUUCUAAAAUAGACAUGAUUUCUUAACCAAUUACAAUUUUAAACCUGGAGAGUCUGUACUUAGAUACUUAAUCAAUCCAACAGAUUAGAAGUUUUCAUUUCUUAAACCAGUUUAAUUUUGA